AUGAACAGACAAGUCUGCAAGAAAUCCUUCAGCGGCAGGAGCCAGGGCUUCUCUGGCCGCUCUGCUGUGGUCUCUGGCGGCAGCAGCAGGAUGAGCUGUGUGGCCCGUUCAGGGGGAGCCAGUGGAGGAGCCUGUGGGUUCCGGAGCGGGGCAGGUGGCUUUGGCAGUCGCAGCCUCUACAACCUGGGUGGCAACAAGAGCAUCUCCAUCAGUGUGGCUGGUGGUUCCCGGACUGGUGGCUUUGGGGGAGGACGUAGCAGCUGUGGCAGUGGCUUUGGAGGUGGCUUUGGUGGUGGCUUUGGUGGUGGCAGAGGAAUGGGAGGUGGCUUUGGAGGGGCUGGUGGCUUUGGAGGAGCUGGUGGUUUUGGAGGGGUUGGUGGCUUUGGAGGAGCUGGUGGCUUUGGAGGGGCUGGUGGCUUUGGAGGGGCUGGUGGUUUUGGAGGGGUUGGUGGCUUUGGUGGUCCUGGUGGUUUUGGCCCUGGUGGCUUUCCUGGGGGAAUCCAGGAAGUGACUGUCAACCAGAGCCUUCUGCAGCCCCUCAAUGUGGAGAUCGACCCUCAGAUUGGGCAGGUCAAGGCCCAGGAGCGGGAGCAGAUCAAGACCCUCAACAACAAGUUUGCCUCCUUUAUCGACAAGGUGCGGUUCCUGGAACAGCAGAACAAGGUCCUGGAAACCAAAUGGAAUCUGCUCCAGCAGCAGACCACAGGCUCCGGUUCGGGCCCCAACAACCUGGAGCCUUUCUUCGAAUCCUACAUCAGCUUCCUGCGCAGGCAGCUGGACUUGGCUCUGGGGGAGAGAGGGAACCUGGAAGGAGAGCUGAAGAACAUGCAGGUCCUGGUGGAAGACUUCAAAAAGAAGUAUGAAGAUGAGAUCAAUAAACGCACUGCGGCCGAGAAUGAGUUUGUGGGACUCAAGAAGGAUGUGGAUGGGGCCUACAUGAACAAGGUGGAGCUGCAGGCCAAGGUCGACAGCCUGACGGAUGAGCUCAACUUCUUGAGGACCCUCUAUGAGAUGAGUCAUGUGAGUGACACAUCUGUGGUCCUGUCCAUGGACAACAACCGCUGCCUGGACCUGGACAGCAUCAUCGCUGAGGUCAAGGCCCAGUAUGAGGAGAUUGCCCAGAGGAGCAAGGCUGAGGCUGAAGCCUUGUAUCAGACCAAGCUUGGGGAGCUGCAGACCACAGCCGGCAGACACGGGGAUGACCUGAAGAGCACCAAGAGUGAGAUCAUGGAGCUCAACAGAAUGAUCCAGAGGCUGCGGGCCGAGAUUGAAAAUGUCAAGAAACAGCAUGCCAACCUUCAGGCAGCCAUUGCUGAAGCUGAGCAGCGUGGGGAAAUGGCCCUCAAAGACGCCAGUGCCAAGCUUGAAGGCUUAAAGGCUGCCCUACAGAAGGCCAAGGAUGACAUGGCCCGGCUGCUGCGUGAGUACCAGGAGUUGAUGAAUGUCAAGCUGGCCCUGGAUGUGGAGAUCGCCACCUACCGCAAGCUGCUGGAGGGCGAGGAGCAGUCCAGGAUGUCUGGAGAGUGUCAGAGUGCUGUGAGCAUUUCAGUGGUCAGCAAUGUCACCAGCACAAGCGGCAGCUCUGGCGGAAGCCGUGGUGGCUUUGGAGGGGGUCUGGGUGGGGGAGUGGGCGGGGGAUUUGCAGGAGCCAGGACCUUUGGCGGUGGUGGCUCUGGAGGUGGUGGUUUGGGAGGUGGCGCUUUUGGUGGUUUUGGGGGUCGUGGCUCUGGAGGUGGUGGCUUUGGGGGUGGUGGUUUUGGAGGUAGCAAUUUUAGGCUUGGGGGCUUUGGUGUCUCUUGUCCCCUGGGGGGCAUCCAACCGGUGAGCAUUAACCAGAGCCUGCUACAGCCUCUUGACCUGGAAGUGGACCCUGAAAUUCAUAGGGUCAAGACCCAGGAGCGGGAGCAGAUCAAGGUUCUCAACAACAAGUUUGCCUCCUUCAUUGACAAGGUGCGAUUCCUGGAGCAGCAGAAUCAGGUGCUACAAACAAAAUGGGAGCUGCUGCAGCAGUUAAACACGUCGACUCAGCCCUUCAGCCUGGAGCCUGCCUUGGAGAACUACAUCAGCGAGCUGCGGAGGCAGGUGGACUUCCUCAAUGCAGAGCAGAUGCGCAAGAACUCGGAGGCCAUGAACAUGCAGGAUGAGGUGGAGACCUACAAGAACAAAUACGAAGAAGAAAUCAACAGGAGGACCAACAAUGAGAAUGACUUUGUCAUCCUAAAGAAGGAUGUGGAUGCUGCUUAUAUAAACAAAGUAGACCUACAGUCCAAGGUGGACCUUCUGGUUGCAGAGGCCAAUUUCCUGAAACAUAUAUUCGAAGUGGAGCUGUCCCAGAUGCAGACCUACAUCAGUGAAACCAAUGUCAUUGUGUCCAUGGACAAUAACCGCUCCCUGGAUCUGGACAGCAUCAUCGAAGCCGUGCAGAUCCAGUACGAGAUGAUCGCACAGAAGAGCAAGGAGGAGGCUGAGGCGCUGUAUCAGACCAAGUACCAGGAGCUCCAGUUGACAGCGGGAAGACAUGGAGACGAUCUGAAGAACAGCAGGAUGGAGAUUGCAGACCUCAACCGCACCAUCCAGCGGCUGCAAGCUGAGAUCAGCAGCCUCAAGAAGCAGAAUGAUCAGAUGCGCUCGCUCAUUUCGGAUGCAGAGGAGAAAGGAGAUCAGGCCCUCCAGGACGCAGCGCAGAAGCUGCAGGGCAUGGAGGAGGCCCUGCAGCAGGCGAAGGAGCACAUGGCCCGGCUGCUACGUGACUACCAGGCACUGCUAGGAGCCAAGCUGUCCUUGGAUGUGGAGAUAGCCACCUACCGCAGGCUGCUGGAGUGCGAGGAGAGCAGGAUGUCAGGAGAGCUGCAGAGCCACGUGAGCAUCUCUGUGCAGAGCAGCCAGGUGUCUCUCAGCGGCGCAGGAGGCGGCGGUGGUCGAGGCUCUGGAGGUUACAGCAGCGGUGGAGGCGGCGGUGGCAGCAGCAGCUGGGGCUACAGUUCCCGUGGGGGUGCUGGAGGGGGCUCCCAAGGGGGUAGUGGAGGUGGUUAUGGGGCCAGCGGUGGAGGAAACUACGGAGGGAGCAGCAAAAGUGGCAGAAAGUUUGGGGACAGAAGUGGUGGCUCCUCCAAAGUGCAGAUCAUCCAAACUUCUACCAACACCUCCCACAAGCACAUUGUGGAGUAGGGACGAAGGUUUCUGUGACCCUUAGCUCCUGUCCCCUCCUCACACCCUUCUGAUCCCCACUUACUUACCUUUUCUUGAUGGGUCUCAGCAGUUUUGCCAAUAAAAUCAUCUCUAGAUGGGGAAGUAGGUGGGUAACUCCAACAGCCGAUCUUUCUAUGGUGGGCACUAACUGGCAGUCAGAACACAGACAGUCAAAUUCUCAACUCAGACUCCACCUAGAGGGCCCUGUUCCUGUCCCUAGAUGCCCAGGGCCUAGGUUAGCCAUGGAGUAAAGAACAUGGACAAGGCUGACAAUGGAGAGUCCACCUCAGGCACACCAGGUUCCUCAGUCCCAGGUUCCCUUUCCUUCAUCUGGGCUGCUCUGGGGGCAAGAAUCUACCCCUCAGGGACCCACAAAAUGAGGCCUUUGGAUGAGUGGCUGAGGACAAGGCAAAGCUUGGUAAGGGGCUCCUCUGUGCCAGGGACCAAUUCCUACUUCUUGGUCUGUAGCCUCACACUACCAUGUUGAUGGAGAAUGUGGAUUGGCUGCCUGCAUCAGACACCCAUGCCAUGUCUGGGUCUGAUUCUGAAUCUCUGUCUUAAGAAGCACUGUCCCCUGGACCAAUAGUCCCAGGUGAGAAUAUAUCAGAGAGCCUGAGUUUUUGUCCACAGGGAGGACUGUAGUGAGCAAUGAAUGGAGGAGUUGAUGGACAAGCAAUCAAGUUCUGUUCUGUCCUGUCCCUCCUGACAGCUCCAUUCUUUGGAAGCCUGGCCCUUUCUGAAAUCUGGUCUAUAGCAGCCCUCCUGAGAAUUGUCCAAUGGGUUGGGCACAUGCAGUCCAGUUUGCUAUGUCCAGGUGCCCAGGCCUUGAGCAGUUUGAGGAUACAACUUGAGUCUUGGGAAGUUCAGUCUGAACCAGGCUGCGAGCUGCCCUUUAUUUGCAAGGUAGCUUAGUAUUCUUUCCCAGAUGGCAAAGUUCCUGUUCUCUGUGACUGAGCACUGUGUGAGAAUUGACUCUUCAUCUUGGUCCUUAACAUAAGGUGCUUGAGAUGUGGUGAAGGGACAAAAAAGAGAAAGUAUUGACCAACUAAGGGGCCUUGAGAGAGGGAAAGUGGCUUUACUUCUAAGAUCUGAAGUCACCUUCACUUGCUCGCUAAGUCCUAACACAAUGUCCAAGCUCAUGAUUCUCUUGGAGCAUCUGAUGUGCUCAGUGUGGAUCACUUGGGGAGUGCUGUGACAUCAUCAUUUUCUGGUUGAAGGUUGUACCUUGAAGGGUUUGACAUUUCUGGUGUUUCUACAAUAAACUUUUCUGUGAUCUCAAACUA